CAAGAACUGCCCCUCCUUGCACUUGACAUUGCGCUCCACUCGACAGCGCUCAACGCCAAGACUUCUCUCGGCGCUCAUCUGGCCCAAUUCGUACACCCCCAGCUCUCGGCGUGCUGCGGAUAAGCAAGCAAGUCGCAUUCCGCACCGCGGGCGCCUCGUACCAUUCCAACCGCAGCCUCACCGACACCAACAACCAACACACGACCACUCGGUAUAGAUAUCCUCACGCACCCGCCGCUCGGUGGUUCCCAUACACACCUGCACCGCUCGCCCCGCGCGCCAAGCCCGCUCACGGCCUUCUGUUGUGCACAAGCCGCCGCGCCGUCUCCAGCCUCCCGGGCAUGCCCCAUCCGCAACCACUCCUCUCAAACUCGCUCCAUCGUCCCGUACCCUAACCUACUCUAAGCAACUCGAUGGCUGGCGGUAAUGGCGCCGGCGGCUUCAAGCCCUUUGACGUCGACCCCGCGCAUCUCGCGUACACGAUCCUCGGCGCCUUCACCGUCCUCUUCGGUCUUUUCUCGCUCUUCAUUAAGGAAAGGCUCUACCUCGGCGAGGCACCCAUUGCCACCAUCGUAGGCAUCGCCCUCGGCCGUUAUGCAGGCAAGAUCUUCGACCCCAUCAGCUGGGGCGGCAAGGAGAGUGUCAUCGACGAGAUCACACUCGAAGUUACGCGUGUGGUCAUUGCGCUCGGCGUGUUCUCGGUCGGCGUCGAACUGCCCAAAGCCUAUGUCAAGAAGCAUUGGCGCACCCUCUUUUUCCUCCUCGGGCCAUGUAUGGUCUGGGGAUGGCUCGUCUCGGGCCUGUUCAUCUGGGGCCUGGUCCCAAAACUGACAUACAAGUCGGCUCUUGUUAUCAGCGCGUGCUUGUCCCCCACAGACCCCAUCCUGGCGCAGGCCGUGGUGGGCGGCACCUUUGCCGAGAAACAUGUCCCGGCGCACAUCCGCCACAUGCUCUCGGCAGAGUCGGGCGCCAACGACGGCGCAGCGUUCCCGUUCCUGUACAUUGCGCUCUACCUCACGCUCGAUGCGAGCCCAGGGCACGCCGUCGCCGAAUGGUUCUACAUGACGUGGCUGUACGAAGUCGCGUUGGGGACCUUGAUCGGCGCGUUGCUCGGCUUUAGCGCACGAAAGAUCAUGCAGUUCUCGGAGCGCAAGAAGCUCAUUGACCGUCAGUCGUAUGUCGCGCAGUACGUCUCGCUCUCCAUGCUGUCGAUUGGCAUCUGCACGCUGUUAGGCUCGGAUGACUUGCUCGCUGCGUUUGCGUGCGGGUGCGCCUUCGCCUGGGAUGGUCACUUCAACAAGGCCACAGAAGACGCAGUGUUCUCCAACGUCGUCGACCUGCUUUUCAACUGUGCAGCGUUCAUCUACAUCGGCGCAAUCAUCCCCUUCGAGGACUUUAACCACUUUGGCCUCACGCCCUGGCGCCUUGUGGUCAUCACUCUCCUUAUCCUCCUCUUCCGACGCCUCCCCGUCAUCCUCGCGCUGUACAAGUGGAUCCCCGAUAUCAAGACGUUCCGCGAGGCGCUCUUCAGCGGGUGGUUCGGCCCCAUGGGCGUCGGCGCCAUUUUCAUCUCGACGCUGGCUCGUCAUCACAUCCCUCACCCCGAGCCAGACGGCGACACGUCGCAGAUUGACCUGCUGCAGGAGACCAUUGUCCCCAUCGUGUCGUUCUUGGUCCUCGCGUCGGUAGUCACCCACGGUCUUUCCAUUCCGUUCUUUGUCUCCGGCCGUCGCGUGCAAAGCAUGACGUACACAUGGUCGCGCAACCCGUCGAUAGCUGGGGGCGAGGAGCCGGCCUGGACGACUCACACCACUCGCGUACAGCAGGGCGGCGAUGUUGUGGUCAACCGCGACGACGAGGAGGGCGAUAUCGGUUUGCAAGCACGCCACCGGAUCGCCCACGAGAAACUGAGCCGUGACAGCUCGGGUGAGAGCUCGGCGACACAGGCCAACUCGCCAGAAAAGGAUCUAGAGUCUCCACCCGAGGUACCCGCAGGCGUCCCCCCGCACGCAGCGUAUCGCGAAGGGCAUGACCUCGUAACUGAGCAUGCGCCGCCUGGUGAGCGUGAGGUGCAAGUCAACGUCGAGCACGGCGUGUUCAGGACAGCCGAGGAGAAGAAGGCGUUUGACGCCAAGGGCGAGAUCCCCGCUCACGCCUUCGAGCGCGUCUCGGGAACCGGAGCGCCUCUGGAACGCAUCACCACUUCGGACAGCCACUCGACCAACGCCAUGUCUGAUGCGGGGGACAGCGACGGCGACGGCUUCCGCCGGCGUCCGUACCACUGGCACGCAUCGACUCCGCCCGCCGUCAUCACGCAAACGGCGUCGACGCGCUCGGACCGCGACCCAGCGGACGCGCCCACGAAUCCGAUCCACUCGUACAUCUCCGCUGACCGGGUGAAGAAGAAGCAGCCCGAGGCGGGAUGGCGCCGUUUCCUGCGCACGCGCACAGGCGACUCGAGUAACUCGGCGCACUCGUGGGCUGAGGAGGGGCGGGCGGGCGAGCCGGCGUUCCUGCCCGCGCGCUCGCGCACGAAGGAGGCCGAGGGGCGGCGCCCGAGCCUCACGGAGCGCCUGGCGCCGUGGACGCGCGCGCAGACGCUCGAGCCGCAAGGUGGCAUACCUUUGACACGCACGAUUUCACGUGCGGUAUCCUUUGCGCCGAAUGCCGCGCCGUCGAGCGAGACGGCGCCCAGCAUGGCCAACUAUGGCUCGGCGGCACCGGGAUUCAAGAAGACCCCGAGCCUCGGCAUGUUCCGCUCGUCGAGUUUGCGGCCGGACGACGAGGACGAGGGGCAGGAGACGGACCACGGGGCAGCGUACAAGCGCGAGCCGUCGCUCGAGAUGUAUCGCACGCGCAGUGCGCGGCACGACGACGAUGAUGGGCCGAGCGUGACGUUUGAGGAGCCGAAGAAGUAGAUGAGAAAGCGGAGUGAUGUGUCUGGCCCGUAUAUGCAUUCAUUGCUUGGA